AUGGCUCCCAAGAUCUUUCUCACCGGUGCGACUGGCUACAUUGGCGGUGAUGUCCUCUACCAGCUGAACAAAGUCCACCCUGAUUAUGAGUAUACACUACUUGUACGAAACGAGGAGCGAGGCAAGCCCGUCGCCGCAGCUUACCCCAAGGCCCGUAUCGUCUACGGCACUCUGGAUGAUGCCGAGGUGAUCGAGAAGGAGGCUGCCGCCGCAGACAUCGUUGUUCACACGGCCGACUCGGCCGACAAUGUUCCUUCCGCAAAAGCCAUUGCGAAGGGUCUCGCGGCGGGCCACACAGCUGAGAAGCCCGGUUACUGGAUCCACCUCUGCGGAACCGGCAUCCUAACCUGGUACGAUGCAGACAACAAGCGGUACGGCCAACCGCCGCUGCCGGAGCAGAAAUACCACGACAUUGACGACAUCGACCGCAUCCUCUCAUUCCCGGACACUGCGCUCCACAGGGACGUCGACAAGAUCGUCUUGGCAGCAAAUGACUCUCCUGCCAUCAAGACCCUAAUCGUCGGGCCCCCUACCAUCUAUGGCCAGGGCCGCGGGCCCCUCAACCAGCGCAGCAUCCAAGUACCCAUGCUCAUCGAAUAUACGCUGCAGAACGGCUACGCGCCGAUCCACGCCCCCGGUCUAACCGAAUGGAACAACCUGCACAUCUACGACGUGAGUGACUUCUUCAUACAGGCCGUAGAAGCCGCGCAGGACCCGUCUAAAACUAGCAACCCCGAGAUCUUCGGCCCCAAGGGGUACUUCUUCCUCGAGAACGGCGUGCACAAGUGGAGCGACGUAGCUAGGUGGGUCGCUGAGGAGGCUGCGAAGCAGGGUCUUAUUCCUGAGCCCGCUACGAAGGAGGUCGACUUCCCCUUCUUCGGGGCCAAUUCCAAGGCUGUCGCCGCUAGGGCGAAGAAGUAUUUCGGCUGGACACCUAAGGGUCCGACUCUGAAGGAUGAUAUCGCGCCAAGCGUGGCUCUUGAGGCGAAGAGACUAGGCAAGGCUUAA